AUGAUGCUAUUAUCACAUUCUUUCUCCUUAAUCUUGCUAGCCUUGAGCUUCCUUUUCGCUAGUGCUCAAGGAAGAGAAGUCAUCGGCUAUCGAACAGUUUCCAGGAAGGAAGGCCUCUUUAUCAAUAGAUUCAAAAGGCCUUUUAGAAAUCCAGCAUACGAUAAGGCACGCCUUCAUCAAUUAGGAAAUGGAUUAUCUAUGGUAAACAUACCUGAUGGCUGGCCGGCUGAAAAAAAUGAAUGGUAUUGUGCUAUCGAAGCGGACAUGGAUAGGAUUAAUGCUGCAACCAAAGUAUGGAUCCCGAAACAUUACGAGGAGAUUAGUUGGACUGGUCAAAGAUCGCGAAAGGAUUUAUGGAUCGGAGAUGAAGAUGCUAUUUUGAACUACAUCGAGUCAAUGGUGGUAGCCCCGAAAGAAGCAUUGCGCUUUGCACAUAUUUUGCAUAGUUCUUCUAAAAAGUGGCAAAUGGUCAUUCCAACUAAUAUGAUAAACGCCAAUGACUUCGAUAUGUCAGGUCGAUGCUUUGGAACAAUAAAGGGGCUGGAAAAAUAUUCGAAGAAAAUCAUUCCGUGGAAGAGUUGGAAUAUUAUUGGAAAGCCUGGAGAAACGAGCACCAAUCCUGUUGAUGAUCUCGACGGGAUAAUUUAG